CUUCACAGAAUCCUGAAGAACUACAUAUCCCAUCAUGUUGCGCAGUUGGGCGAUUCAUUGUGUGUCUCUCGGCCCCCUACCCCCCCUCGGAGGCUGGUUUAAGGAAAGCCUGGCUUCAGUGAGCGAAUAAACCGUUCGGGCUGUCAAUCGUCGACCAACUGGGAGAAAAAAAGAGACUGAAAACUGUGAGGAAGGUCGGGAGAAAUCGAAAAUUCCAGGUGAAAUCCAACUACACAAGGCAAGCAGUGAACUGAAAACAACUACCGCAAGUAGAAAGGUCUUGGAAGAGUGGGUUUUAUUAUUAUUCUGAGAGAAGACACAAACAACCUGCACCCUGGAUUUUAAACUUGGCGAGUUUGAUUGCUUGCAGUUUGUUUGGAAAGAGAAAACAGUAACAAGUAAUUCCUGGAGAAAGACGAUCCCCAAGAGAGAAAGAACCAAAAACACACCGAACUGCUCACGCAAGAAAAGUGAAAAAUGAAGUUUACAAUCGGCUCUAGCGUUGGCAAAAGUGAUUGUAUCGACUUUGCGUGAAAUUAAUUAUUAUUCCAUUUUGGAGUGAAACUACUGCGCUGGAAAGGAGGAGUGUCGGUAUCUCUGUCUGUAGCCUACCAUCGCAGUCCAGAUAGAGACAAAUUAUAUUCUGUGUACUUCAAUGUCGAUAGACACUUGACGUAAAUUUACUGGUUUGCAGCUAUAUAUAUAUAUAUAUAUAUAUAUAUAUAUAUAUAUAUAUAUAUAUUUGCUUUUUGUUGAACACAAACAAAAAACGAGUCCACUCAAAGAAAAAACAGCGAGAACAUGAGCGGAGGAGAUGUCAUGUAUUCGGGCUGGUUGAGAAAGUCUCCGCCUGAGAAAAAGUUGAGACGUUACGCAUGGAAGAAGCGGUGGUUUGUUCUUCGCAGUGGGCGACUCACGGGGGAUCCGGAUGUCCUGGAGUACUACAAAAAUGACCACACUAAGAAACCCAUACGUGUCAUUGACCUGAACCUGUGUGAGCAAGUGGACGCUGGACUGACCUUCAACAAGAAGGACCUCGAGCACAGCUUCAUAUUUGACAUCAAGACCAUUGACCGGGUCUUCUACUUGGUGGCGGACACGGAAGAGGAGAUGAACAAGUGGGUUAGGUGCAUAUGUGACAUCUGCGGGUUUAACCCAACUGAUGAAGAAUCAGGGAAACAUUCAAACCAAUCUGGCAACACGGUUGUGGAGGUGCCACUUUUUUCAAACCCCCCGAUGAUGGGCACCUCUUCCAUCAGCUCCCUGCCGCCCCCCUAUCAGCCCGUCAACAUCCGACACCCGGAGUCUUCGUCCAGCCAGGAGGAACCCCAGGACUACCUGUGGCUGUCCAACUGUGAAAGCAAGAAGAUUGAGCCAGCCAGGCCCCACGCUGAUUCUUCCAAGUCCACGUCUUCAGAGACAGACUGCAACGACAAUGUCCCGUCACACAAGCCCCCAGCAGCCUCCGCCAUCCCCACCUCCUCCAAACCCGCUUCUGUGAAUGGGUUUUUCCCGCAGCCCAUUCUCUAUGACUCCCCUCCCUCCAGGGCUGCGUCUAUCUCCGCUGAGUCCAGCCUUUACAACCUGCCCCACAGCUACUCCCAGGACCCUGUCCUCCUGCCCACCAAGGCCACCUCCUCCCCACCUGUGACUGACAACGAGGACAUCUAUGUGUUUAACACUCCCUCCCGCAAGUCUUCAGUGGAGACACAGCUGCGGCAAUUCUCCAUCAGCUACGACAUUCCCCCAACGCCAGGUGGAGGCUCUACUUACCAGAUUCCUAGGACUGUUUGCCCCGAGGUGGUAGUGGGACAGUCUGCCUCCCUCCCAGACGUCCCCCCGCCCCGGCCCCCUAAACCCUCUGUGACAGUCCCUGAGCGAUCCCCCACCGAGACUUAUUCUGUCCCUCGCUCCUUCUCUGAAACUGACAACAACCACUGCGUCCCCACUGGACCUGUGAAGUCACUACGCAGCAACACAAUCGCCACAGUGGAUUCCUCACGUCUGUGGAAAGAUCAUGGUCCUCAGGAUUGCUAUGAUAUCCCAAGAACAUUUCCAACUGACAGAAGUAGUUCUCUUGACCUUAACGAAAGCUUCAAUAACUACCUAAAGAACAAGGGCAUGGUGGCUGUUGUCGGCGGACUCUGCACCUCGACCGAAGAGAUGGACGAGAAUUACGUUCACAUGAGUGCCAAUUCCCCCUCCCAUCACCACUCCGGCAGCCUCUCUGAGCCCAUCCAAGAGGCCAACUACAUGCCCAUGACUCCUGGGACUACAGAGUUCUCCUCGCUGGGGAAGCAGGUCCCGCCCCCAGCUCACAUGGGCUUUCGCUCCAGUCCAAAGACACCGCCCAGGAGACCGCUUCUCAUCAGCGACUGUCAGCCGCCCCCUGUGGACAGGAACCUGAAACCUGACCGAAAAGGUCAGAGCCCUAUAAUAAUAAGAGCUAAACCGCAUGGUUUAGAGCGAACUGACUCUCAAACCGUAGGUGAAUUCCCAAGACGAUUCAAGGUUAAACCGGCUCCCCUAGAAAUCAAACCUAUGCCAGAAUGGGAGGAAUUCCAGGCUCCAGUCAGAUCACCUGUGACCAGAACAUUUGCCCGAGACUCUUCUAGGUUCCCUAUGCCUCCGAGACCUCCUUCGGUGCACAGUACUGCCUCCAGCACUGACUCCCAGGACAGUGACGAAAACUAUGUAGCCAUGAACUCUAGUCAGUCUGCAGACGAACCAAAUGUAAAACUUGGAGCACAGCUGAGUGCCGAUGGUGGAAGCAGUCCGAUGGUGAAACCUAAAGGGGAUAAGCAGGUGGAAUACUUAGAUUUGGACCUUGACUCUGGAAAAUCAACACCACCUAGAAAGAAGAAGAGCAAUGGUACAAGUAACACAUCGUCAGACGAGCGAGUGGAUUACGUGGUGGUCGACCAACAGAGAACACAGGCACUGAAAAACACCCGAGAGGCGUGGAAUGACGGGAGGCAGUCCACAGAGUCAGAGACUCCUUCGAAAGGCACAAAGUGACCAUUUUACUUUUCCAGCGGUCAUAAAACUUGAGACUUGAGGCAGAGACCACCGAAGGUCAAAGAGUAAACGCAGAACAUGUAAUAAAACUGCCCCCAGAUGCUCAAAGGAACACUAUUGUAUGAACUUUCGGCAACGAAAGGGGAAAAAAAUGCCAGUGGUUUCGUUUACAGUACAGCCUGUUUGAACUGAGUGUCCUGCGCAGAUUGAUUUGUAAAUGUAUCACACGUAGGCUUACAAUUUGUACGCAAUGUUGUGAACAUGACAAAAAUGAUCUACCUGUUUUGUUGGAGCCUUGAAAGAUGCCAGUACAGCUUAUGACUUCAGGAACAGUGAACACUGUUUUUUUUGGUUUGUUUUUUUACAUAUAAAAGAACAGAUUUGAAUUGGAUCAAAUUUCCUGUUUGUUUUCUUGGAUAAGAACUUUUUUCACUGUCACACUUUGUUUCUCAUCCAUUUUGGGUAGUAUUUGUGAAUUCAUUUUAGUUUAUCAUUUAUUUAAACUAGGGUUAUGUCAGAUUUUUGACAAAUGCAAGCCCAUCACAGCUGAUUCAGUAUCAACAUGUUCUUGAGGUGGCCUCUAAAUGCUAAUAUGAACAUGCAAACAUUGAUUUAUUUUUUGCUUUGUAAAUCUGCUGGUUGCCUUCCGAUUGUAGUGAAAUCUGUAAGUCUGUUAUUUCCUUUUUCUUUGCUCCACAUCUAGUAAAUGUACCUAAGUAGCCUGUGUAAAAAGUGUUAUGUAUAUUAAUGGAAGUGUCCAUUUAAGUGUUUUAAAUAUCUGCAUUAUUAAAAUAAAAUUGUGGAUUCUGCAGGAUAGAAUCCUGCACCUUUGAGAUGAGGGAAUGUGAUGGCAUAAGAAUUCUGGUAUGAAGCAAACCAUUUGUAUGAUAUAUAUAUGUUGGCAUUGUUAACUGUGACAGCUGGUAAUAGAGGUAGCUUGCAAGCUUCCCUUUUGUUAUGCAAGGUAUCAAUCAGGUACUUCAUAAAUAGUAAUACAGCUAUCCAUUUAUAAUGUAUUUAUUAUAAGUCAUCUUUACAACUAAUCUUCAUCUUUUGAACACUAGUGGUCCUGCAAUCCAAUUGUAGAUGUAAGUAUUGCAGUGGUCCUUGAAAUGUUGGAUAACACCUUUUUAAAGUUGCUGUACAAGAUGCCUUCUGACAAGUGCCAGAUUAUUUUAGCAUCAGGAUUAUUAUUAUUUUUUUGUUCUUACUCCUUUUACCUCUUUUUAACAGCAACCAAUAUGAUUUUGUGCAAAUGUUAUCAAGUUUUUUUCUUAAAACAAUUGAUUUUCUUUUGAAAACAGAUAUUAACUUAAUAGGAGCCCCAUUUUCACAGAGAUUACUAUUGUUUUUAUUCUGUUUUCCAUCUGCUUUUUCUCCUGUGACACUGCCUUAUCUAAACAACUUAAUACUUCUGAUGUGUCUGUAUAUAAGAAUGAUUAUUUGAUGACUAAACUCUAUUAUGAAUCUUGCUGUUUGUAAAUGUACUAAGGUUUUACUAACAUCACUGUAUUUAGACAAGGAAUACCUGAAGCACAUGUAUGUCUUGUUUUGUCUAGCAGACUUAUGAGCUCACCUGUAAAUAUUUGCCAGCAUGUAUCCCUUGAAAACUGUGCCUAUACUGAACUGUUUAUUUCCAAAUAACAUAAUGUCCUCUUCUCAUGCAAAAGUUACUUGUUGCAAAACAAACAAAAAUAAAUACUGAUGCUUUGUA